AUGACAAAUGACACAGUCCCGCACACCGCUGAAAACGCCGUCAGCCUGCAGCCUUGGAUGCAUCGCGAGGGCCAUGGUCUUGUCGCGGAUGUUUUGUCCCGGCAGCAAGACGGCAUCUCCCAUCCACCCAGGGGGUUUCCACCCUCUAUCCACGGACCAACGAAGUGGUCUGGAUUAGAUCCUAACAAAAUACAGCCACAUACACUUACCCUAGAUGGCCCCGAUGUAGCGGCAAUAAGGGGGACUUUAGAGUCGUCCCAUGAACUCGAGCUGGAUGGCGAUGAGGUAACGCGGGAGUGCUUCCCUCUUCCAAGCCUUCAAGAUAGGCUUGAAAAAUGUGCUUUCGAAGUUCACCGUGGUUGCGGGUUAUGUAUCAUUCGUGGACUAAACCCUGAUAACUAUACUAUCGAGGAUAAUAUUGUCCUCUUUCUCGCGAUUGCAAGCUAUAUUGGAGACGAAAGAGGCCUUCAAAAUGCUAAAGGCGAUAUGUUAUGGAAAGCCCAUGUUACCGAGUCCAAGACCUGGACGGUACCUAAGGAGAAACGCCACGGGAUACAUACCAACUAUAGCUUGCCAUUCCAUAAUGAUAUGGGAUGCGAAAUCCUAUCCAUCCAAGUCCGAGACCGAGCCGAUGAGGGUGGGCGUACCUGCGUAGCGUCCAUAGCGGCCGUUUACAAUGACCUGGUACAGACGAAGCCUUGGGUCCUCCAUGCCCUGGCGAAGCACAACUGGCCAAUUCAAACGAGUUCUAGAAGAGAGCCCCCAUUUGUUCUAUGCCCCUUAAUAGAGUACCAUGCCGGGAACCUAUUAACUUCGAUGGAUCCCUCUCGUAUAGGACCGCAUCCCUUAAUUCGCAACGGCUCGAUCCCGAAUCUUACGCCAGAGCAACAGGAGGCACUCGUAGUGCUCGAAGAGACAGCACAGAAGCACCAGAUACAGCUUGAUACCCAGCCCGGCGACCUUAUAUUUAUCAAUAACCUUGCCCUUCUACAUGGUAGAGAGUCGUACCUAGAUAGUAAUACUUCAUCAAGACAUCUAGUGCGACUAUGGCUACGCAAUACUCAACUAGGCUGGCCCAUCCCUCCUUCGAUGAGCAUGCCGUGGGACGCCGCCUUUGGAGAAAGAGCUAAGAAAGUGAUGGAUAGAUACUAUCCCAUAAUGCCGAUGCCCGAGUAUAUAGAGUGCAAGUACUCUAACGGGACAGCAGCGUUCGUCGCCGAUGAUGAUAAUUUCGACGACGGGAGCGACUCUGGGUCGAAGUACGCAGGAAGAUAUUUCAGCUAGCUGGCGUCUCGGGU